AGUGUGGGCCAUCUUCGAGUUUCUACGUAGGUCUGUCCCAGCUGAUCCGUUGGUCCUCUCCCAAUUUCAGUCUCAGGAUGGUGGUGGCUCAGCGGGGGGUAAUCCCGCCCCCAAAGCACUACGCAGAUUCAGCCUGGUUCAAGUAUAUUUUGUCGUGCUGUGCGGCUACCACAGCUGAGCUAGUCACAUAUCCACUGGACUUGGCUAAGACUCGACUCCAGAUCCAGGGGGAAAAAGGACUCAAUAGCAAUGGCAUGCAACCUUACAGAGGCUUGGCAGGGACCGGUGUUGGAAUUAUACGUGAAGAGGGAGCAUUAAAGUUAUGGCAAGGUAUUACUCCGGCUGUGUAUAGGUAA